AUGAGGAAAAUUACAUGCAAGGAAUCCUAUGUUCACUAUUUAGGGAAAAAUAUCCAAAAUGAGAUUAUAGAACUGUUAGGCUCGUUGAUUCGUGACCAGAUUCUGAGCGAGAUGCAAAAAUCUAAGUACUAUUCGGUAAUUUUAGAUUGCACACCAGACGUAAGCCGAACGGAGCAGAUGACUUUGGUAUUGCGUUAUGUGCUAUGUGACGAAGGAAAAUACCCAGAGGUAAAAGAACGUUUUUUGUGCUUUAUACCGAUUGAGUCUUCAACAGGUGAAGCACUAACUGACGUUCUCCUGUCCAAACUGAACGAAAUGAACCUGCCAAUAGGGAACAUGCGAGGACAAGGGUACGAUAAUGGAUUAAAUAUGAGAGGGAAAAACGCUGGGGUUCAAAAAAGAAUUUUGGACAUCAAUCCUCGCGCAUUUUUUGUCCCUUGUAGCGCACACACUCUUAACCUGGUCGUCAAUGACUCAGCGUUGUCUUGUACCGAUGCUGUAAACUUUUUCAUGGUUUUACAAGAAAUGUAUAACUAUUUGUCUGCCUCUACCCAUCGAUGGACUGUUCUAAAAAAACAUGUAUCUGCUCUGACUGUGAAACCACUCAGCGACACAAGAUGGGAAAGUCGCAUUGACGCGAUCGGACCUGUACGUUACCAAGCUGGUGAAAUCUAUGAUACACUUCUUGAAUUAUCCACUGACCCAUCAGGUGAUGCUUAUGCUAAAAGUACAGCCUUAGGUGGUGAAACUGCAGAUUUGGGACAGUUUCCUUGGAUGGCCUUACUUGGUUACCAACAAAAUCAACUAAACUUUAUUGAAUAUUUAUGUGGAGGAACCCUAAUUACUGAAACAUUUGUUCUUACUGCUGCUCAUUGUUUAGGAGUAGGUCCUAAUCAUCAACUUGUCCAAGUUCGUUUUGGAGAACUCAACUUAAAUACAGAACUUGACUGCAAAAGAGUACAUAGUACUUAUAUUUGUUCAGACGAACCGGUCGAUGUGCCAGUGCUUACUUAUUUUAUACAUGGACAGUACGAUACUCUUACACUUAAGAACGAUAUUGCUUUGGUUAAGCUGGCUAAAUCGGUAACAUUUACUGGUAGAGAAUACGAUAAUAAACCAAAUCCAUCACAAAAAACAAUACAUGGUAAAGGAUUUACUAAAUUUAGUAAUUUGCCCGGAUAUCCUACAGGUAUACUAAUGCAAACCGAUAUGUUUAUAUGCAGGCUUAUAUGGACCGUUUGUAAACAAACUAUUAUAUGCCACACUGGCAAAGAUCCUGAAAGAAGUCUAGAAGUUUUAUCCAGAAUAAAACCAGCCUUGUUAUGA